AUGCCCACAACACAUACAUAUCUGAAGUUUGCAGAAUGGUCAAAGCAGUACGGUGACAUAGUCGGUCUCAGGAUCGGUCCUCAGAGUAUGGUUAUUAUUAGCAGCCCUGAGCUUAUCCGCGAAAUGUUCGUCAACCGCGGUGUAAUCUACUCAGGAAGGCCUGUGCUCUACGUCAGUCGUGACCUGAUCUUUCCGGACCAAGACCAUAUGUUCAUGAUGCAGAAUGACGAGAUGUUGCGGCGUACCAGAACGGCCUUGAAGCGACUCACCGGGCCAGCUGGACUGAAAGAGGCACUCCCAUUGCAAGAAGCCACAGCGGCGAAAUUGAUUUCCGACCUUUCCGAUGGUAACGAGCCUCCAGAGAGGUGUAUCCGCCUGUGGAGCUUCACGAUUGCCAUGACAGCAAUACUGGGCCCUGUCGCAGAAGACAAGGCAUCGGAAGUGCUAGAUGAAUGGACACAUAUACAACACAGGCUUAUUGAGAGUGUGGAAGCAACAAUGUCUUCAGCUUUCGAAUUGCUACCCUUCUUGAAAUACUUACCCUUCAUCCCUGGGAAAGAGAACGCCAGGCAGAUUGGAAUUUCGUUGCGCGCAGUCUACACGGAUCUGUUCGGCCGCUUGAAGUUUCAUCUAUCUCAGGCCCAAAGCUCUGUUGUCGACAUCAAGUACUGGGGCCUCAUCGGUAGCAUUCUACGGGAUCAGGAGAGGGAGAAAGAAAAUGUGGAAAAGACAAAGUCCCACUUCACCGAUUCGCAGCUCAAGACCUUGGCGCAGUUUGUUCAAGAUGCGGCAACAGAUACUACACUCUCGACUGCAAUGACUUGUAUCAUGGCUUUAACAGCAAACCCUCACCUGUUACAGAAGGUUCAGAAAGAGGUGGACGCAGUCUGUGGACGGGGGAGCGUGCCUUCAUAUACAAACAUUGACAAGUUGCCCUAUGUUAGAGCAUGCGUGCUUGAGACACUUCGCUGGAGGCCCCCAGCGCCUGUUUUGCUGCCGCACCGGCUGGAGCAGGACGAUCACAUACGAGGCUUCUACCUGCCGAAGGGAACGAUGAUCAUCGCGAAUGGAUGGGCUGCUAAUCAUGAUCCGGGACACUUCGAGAGACCAGAAGUGUUUAAUCCUGAUCGGUUCGUCGAUGUCCAGGGCUACCCAGGCUUGUAUCCAUUUGGAUUGGGCCGUCGCUCGUGCCCUGGGGACAACUUCGCACUGAAUACCUUGAUCAUAAUGAUCUCGAAACUGGUGUCGUCUUUCGAUCUCGCCUUUGAUGGGCCAGCUCCUGACCUCAGCAUCGAGAAUUGCGCCGUUGAGAACGUCAAGGAUGAGAAAGCCCCCAAUCGUCGGCAACUUCACCCAUGGUUUUCACAAGACACCAGCGCCCAGCGCCCAGCGCUCAGUGGGGCUCCGGACUGCUUGCCUUAUUUGUUCGAACAACUAGCAGAGGGUCCUGGCUUCGUCCGAUACAUCGGAUCAUCCCAAGAUAUCUACGGAAGCCUUGGCUGCGAUAUGGGAGGAAUGAAAUCUGCCAUAACAGCCACCUCGCUUGAGAACCAUGCCUAG